CUUUUAAUUAACUUUACUGUAUUCUUUUUAAAAGCUCUUAUUGAAUUUUGUCAUCCUGAUACCUUACCAACCGGAUCCAAACUUGGUACAGUUGUUGCAAUACAUGGCGCUCCAGGCUCCCACAAAGAUUUCAAGUAUAUAACUCCUCUACUUCAAAACAAAGGAAUACGAUUUAUCGGAGUGAAUAUGCCCGGCUUUGGGUUUACUCCAGUUUUUUUAGAUGACCCACGUCUACAGUGCAAUAAUACAGAACGUAAUAGUUUUGUCAAUGAGUUAAUUGCAAAAAUCGGAAACGUGGAAAAAUUAGUGGUGAUGGGACAUAGCAGAGGAAGUGAGAACGCUAUCGCCAUAGCGGAAUCACUAGUUGGUUUGGUACUGGUGAAUCCGACCGGCCUUCAACGUCAUCGAGCACAGCGUCCUUUCUGGGUGGUCGAGUUUGUUCUAUGGCUAUACUCUCUCGGACCGACUGCCAAGAAAGUAUUACAUCCUUUUAUGAAAUAUUUCUACAACAAUGUUAUUGGGCUAAGGCUGGACACAGGAGAAAGAGCCAUGAUGUGGAUACGAGCCCAUAUAGAAAGUAUUAAUAAGUGCAAAAAUGCUCGCGUGCUCGUGGUAUAUGCCGGAAAGGAUAUGCUCAUUGAAACAAAGAUUCCCCACGAACUUGCCUGCUCUUUUGAUGGACAUAUAGACCUUGUGAGUGCACUUUUGUAA